GAAGGUCGGAAUUCCUCGCUGCAUCAGGUGCGACCGAGAAAUCUCCUUCUGGAGACGUUACAACUACGUCUACAAUCGCAUGUACGAGCCUUCAAUCUUCGAUCGGAGCGAGGCCUCGAAUGCGAAGCACGCCGUCGAAGACUUGCGCGGACAUCUGAAGAGGUUCCAAGCUGAAAACAGAGCGCUUGAAAUGCGGGAAGACUCGGCGAGCGCUGAAAUGGCGCGAUACUACGCAGGCGAGAUCGUCGGGAACUUGGAGAAGCGACUACGAAAAUCGGAGGUGGAAGACGUUGGGCUCUGCAAUCGAGUUUUCCAGAUGCUGAAGUCGCUCAUGAAACUUCUCCCAGAGGCGAUGCAGGCAUCAGAUUUUCAUCAUGGCGAAGAGUCGAUCCAGAAAAAAACCUUCCUUCUGGCCAGCGAAGUUUUCGAGGAUCUUCACGACAUGGCCGACAUCAAGCCGGAAUCAGAGAGCUCAUGGACCGCAUCCGUGUUUGACGAUAUCUGCGCCGAAGCCCUGCGUCUCAAAUACGUCCUCAUGCUCCCGCACGUCGCAAAGAAUCUACGAGCCCGUUUCCUUGAGUUGAUUUUCGCCGACGGAAGGUUUACACCGACUCCUGCGAACGCUAUACUCCAGCGAUCGGAUUCAAAACUUAAAGUUCGUCCAUUCGCCCAUUGAUGAGUCCUUCGGUCGGCCGGCGCAUCCUGCUUUUCUGAUAUUCAUUCGUCCAUCCGGGGACAGCCGAUUUAUUUAUGCCUCACCGGGCGGAGAAGUACUAUAAAUUCAACCGUUCCACCC